AUGUCUCUAAUCAAUCUAAACAGCAAGCAUGCAAAAUUGGCCGACGCAGAAGGCGGAAGCUUACCCCCAUUUAAUCGCGAGCCAGAAACCUCGACAUCACCAGGACCAGCAAGUGAUCGACUGGCGGUAAUACGUGAAGAUGAAAAGGGGAUUCGCAGUCGCAGUCAAAGCCCAGGUGGUACGAGCGUUGGUUCAACAGACUCGAAGGAAAAACCAGGAGACACCUCGAAAGACUCUACAUAUUCAAAGGAACGAGAACCUUCUUUCCGUCAGCCAUUUCCGCCACCGCGGAAGACAGCAAACCAUCCCUUCAAGUCUAAAGAAUUCUAUGCCCUCUUGUGGUUAGCAGUCAGUCCAUCAAGCAAUACCCGUGAGACAGCAAGAAACGAAGAUCCCCAGCGGUUGGAUAAUGAUGACCAUCAAGAGAAGAUUGAGUCGUUUAUGAAGAGGCUACACGAAUACAUGGAAACAAACGAGAAUACAAGAACACGGAUUGAAUACCAAAACACCACCGGAAAGACCUUCGAGGACAUGAAUCGCGUUCUGACAGGCCUUAAAAGAACCAAUUUCGACUCAGAACAGGCCCAAUCUUUGCAAAUGCGCUUUGCAAGCGCCGCUGAAUCAGCCUUUCAAAUAUUCCUGCCUACAAAAUGGCGAACCAGCAUUUCAUCUCGAUAUUGGGGAGCUGUUAUUACGAUAUUAACUGUAUAG